AUGACAUAUUUAAAGUGUUUGAAUAAAGAAUCGAUCAGGAGAAUUCAAGAUAUUGAGGCAUUCACUGUAGAUUUGUCUGACGAGACGCCAAUGUUUAAUUACCCGGAAUUUUUGAAAGAUUUGGUUGUUGAUACAAGGUUUGAUGUUUAUGUUUGUACUACCGAAACAAGAUAUGGAAGGACGCAGCAUUAUCAAGAGCAUGAUAUAAUAUUCUCAGAACUGGCAAGAUUAUUAUGUAGAAGGUCAAUCAAAUUACGAUCAUUAUCAAUUUCCCCAUGUAAGAUGUUAAAAUACUUUGUAACAUUGUUGAUAGAUAAUGAGAAUUUAAGUCAAAUUAAAAAAUUUACGUUUGAUGGAAAAUUUAUUAAAGAUAUCACUCCCCUUUAUAAGAAUCGUGACUUCAUAGACGCCUUGUCAAAAGUAUCACAAGAAAUCAUUCAUGUACGAAUUAGAAAUAUUUAUGACCAUUUAUCAGGAGAUUCCUUAGUAACUCUCUUAAAUUCGCAAAAAAAUUUACGUUUGUUGGACUUGGAAUGUCCUGUAACACAAAACGUAAUAUAUUUCGAACCGAUAUUUUCCAAAUUGAAAUCACCUCAACCAUUAGCUAGUUUAUUAUUUGAAAAUAUUAAUUUUAGUUUCUCAACCAAACAAUCGCUCAAUUCUCUAGCCAAGCUAACACAGAAUUUAAAGAUAUUUAGAAUAAUAGAAUGUGCGAAUUGUACUUUACUGUGUGAAGUAAUGGGAUUAUGGAACAAUUUAGUAGAAUUCACUUAUCACACUCAUAAAUUUAAUGAUGAUUUAGAAUUUUUAUUAACCAUGCUGAAAUUGUCUUCGAAUUCUCUUAGGCGUUUGGAUAUUUUUUGGAUCAGAGAGGAUGGGAGGUUCUUAAUAGAAAAAUCCAGAAUAAUUAAGUGCAUUACUGAAUAUUGUGCUCAACUCAUUUCACUUAAAUUACGUAGGUUACAUUGUGAAGAUUUAUUUUCGCUUUGGCAUAGUUGUAAGCAGUUGGAAUCAUUUAGUUUUAUUUGUUGUGAAGAUAGUGAUUGGAAUGAAUGUUUAGAAGAAUUGGGAAAAGUUUUGCCUUAUACUAUCAAAGUAUUGAAAAUCGGGAAUUGGAAUAGUUUGCCUUUUGACUCUGUUGCUUUGGGGAGUUUUUUGAGAGGCUGUAAAAAUAGUUUGAAAAAAUUGGAAAUGUAUUGUAUUAGAAAAGUAAGUGAAAACGCCGAAUAUUUAAGUGUAUUAAACAGUAGUGGUGUUCA